AUCAAAUGGCGAUUACAAAGAGAAUUACAAAAAAAAAUAUGAAAAACAUAGAAGUUAUCGUUAUUGAUGAACAGGCGCUGGAAUUUACUCCUGUAGACUUGACUGCAGAAGAUUUUUUAAAAGAAUUAGAAAAAAAAACAGUUAACGAAAUUAAAAAUGAAAUUAUGGAAAAAGGAUCAUCGGAACAAAACGUUCAUUUACAAACUAAAAAAAAAAAGAGCAAAUACAAGCUCAAAAGAAAUAGAGCGAGAAAAAUAAAAUUUUUGCAAAAGCAAAUUCAAGACGGACUUGAAUAUUUAAAACAAAAUUGUAACUAGUUUUUUUUGUAAUUAGUUUUUUACAAUAAAAUAUAUUGUUUAUUUCUUUUUUUUUUUUUUUAACGCUGCAUUUCUUUCAUGUUUUCGAUUAACGUAAGCAUCGUUUGAUAUUUUCCAUCGUUUUACUUUUUUACCAACGCGUCCUAAUUUACGAUUAGAUUUGUUAUCUUUAUAUGUUUUUUUAGUUUUUCGUAAACAUACUAAUAUAUUUUUACAAUUGCUUGGUAUCCCUCUAUUUUCUGUUUGCGUAUGUUGCGAGUUUGUUGUAGUACGUACAAAAUCAAUUUGAUUAUUUAAAUAAUCGUCUACAGUUUUUUUUGAUCUAGGCGUAUAUCUUGUGCGAGGCAUUUUUUUAAAAUAUUUUUUGUUGUUAAAAAAAAAAUAUAUUUAUAUAAUAACAUUUUUUUUUAAUUUUUUUACAGAUUUAAUUAUAUAAAAUAAAAUGAGUGAAAAUGAAUUAACAAAUAUCUUGUCAUUCUAUCUUGAAGCCUAUUGGCAACAAUUUGCUAAUUAUUUAAACAUGCAUCGCUGUGUUAUUGAUGCCAUUGAUAACGAUUACAAUAGAAGUUAUUUAAAAAUAUGUCGAGUCAUUACGCUAUUUUUUCAAGUUAAUCCUGAAGAAAAAACUAAUCCGCAAUUUAUAUUAAAAACAUUACAAAGAUGGUUGAUUGACGAACAACAAAAAAACAAUUUUAAAUUAAUAAACAAUUUAAACGAAUUAAUUAUUAAAGUUAAAAACUGUACUAUUGAACCCAUGGAAUAUUAGUUUUGUAUAUUAUUGUAUAACAUGUUGUAAUUUUUUUAGAUUAAUUAAAAAAACAAAAAAAAUGGAAAGCCAAAUGGAAACCAUUUACGC